ACUAUGUAGAUAUAAUGAUAAUCGUUUUUCAAAAGCGCAGUUCCGUCGGUUUUUGAAAAAUACCCAUCACAAAUUCGAGUUAUUUGGCAAAUCAAAAAAUGCCGUCGUGUUUGACGUACGUUGUGCUUGUCGUCUGCUGGUUGUCCAUCACCGGUGCCAGUUCUGCAAUUCAUCCACCGGAAUCCGUCCAACGCAGCCCGACCACGGAGACGCUGCUAAUGGCCAAGUUUGAUGAAAUGGAUGCAAAACUUCGAGAUCAAGAACUCCGAUUGCAAAAUCAUGCCAGUCAGAUAGUUUCGCUACGGGAGGAAAUCCAGCGACUUGAAUCCAUUUUGCAUAACAAUAAUUUAAAAUCUCAGAAUAAAGCCGUUUUCUCUCCGAGGACAUGUCAAGAAGCACUUGACAGCGGCCUGCCGGAAUUCAGCCAAUCUGGCAUGUAUUGGAUUGAUCCGGACGGCGUAGGAAUCGGCGAUGGAUCCAUUUACGUCUACUGCGAUAUGACAACAGGAAUAACGGCCGUGGGGCACGAUAGCGAAUCAACCAUUACCAUUCCGAAAUGUCCCGAUGCCGGCUGCUAUUCAAGGCCGAUCGUGUAUUCGAAUUCAACCAUCCGGCAGUUGAAAGCGUUGACCGAGAUUUCAGCCGAAUGUUACCAAUCCAUUCAAGUGAAUUGUAUAGGAGGACCUUUCACGGUGGAAGACAUUGAUUAUGCCUGGUGGAACGAUAUCGAGGACAAGCAGCAAAAUUUCUGGUCGGGUUCUGAUGAGACCGCACACAUUUGCCAAUGUGCUAUAGACGGCAAUUGCAUCCUGCCCGAGCUGCCAUGCAACUGUGAUGCCAAUGUGGCCGUCCCUCUCUCAGACAACGGAGAAAUCACCUUGAAGCGAGUGCUGCCUGUGACGCGCCUCAAUUUCGGACACACCAGCUACGUAGGAGGCAGCCACACCCUCGGCAAGUUGGAGUGCGUCGGCAAAUCGGCGGAGGCCAACGUACCAACCUCGUGUCUGGACCUCUGGCGAACUGGUUAUCUUCUAAAUGGGCUGUACUCUAUACGCAGGGAUCAAAAAGUCGUGUUCGUCUACUGCGAUUUCUCGUUAGGCCAAGAUGUAAGGGAGACUUAUGUUGGUUACGUCGACGUCAAAUCGCAACCCGUCCAAUUUUAUGUCCAAAAAACGGCAAAUUUUACCGCAACAACUGCCAAUGCAGAACUCUCCCCUUUCGAAAUGGUGAAACUUAAUGAAGGAGGCGCCAUGAAUGAGCAAACGGGAAUAUUUAAAGCCCCUAAAUCUGGCAUCUAUGUUUUCGAUUUCGCAGCAGUCGAUCUGGCCGGUGGCACCGAUUUAGUCGUCAACAUUCACAAGAAUGAUGAGCUGGUCGCAUCCGGAGGUCCUGUAGGUUCUGCUAAUCAUGGAACAGUGGCCAUUCCGUCCAUGUUGCAAUUAACUGUCGACGAUACCAUCAAAAUAACUAUCUCCACGCUAAACGGAAUGCUUUAUAGCGACCCUCUGCGCCCAAUGACCCAUUUCACAGGAUUUUUGCUGGAGGAAGACAUUUUUGCAUGACGAAUAACACAAACAAAAGCCAAAUAAUAACACCCUGUCGUGUAUGUUCAGCUUGGCAGUGUAUCUAGUUUGAAAGAAAAAAAAAUACAUGUAGAUUAAAGUUUUUUGUCAUUCAGACAAACCUACAAAA